AUGCUCUCAAACCCUAUCUUUGACGCCCUCAUAAUCGGUGCCGGCCCAGCAGGUCUCUCCGUCGCAACCGGUCUCGCGCGCCAACUCCACACAACUGCAAUCUUCAACACCUCCGUAUUCCGCAACGGCGUGACAAAACACAUGCAUAACGUCGUGGGUUGGGACCAUCGCGACCCAGCCGAUUUCCGUACCAGGGCUCGCGAGGAUCUUUUGGCGAGGUACUCGUCGACCGUCCAAUUUCAUGAUUUUGGAAUUGAGUCUGUCUGCAAGCGAGAUGAUGGGGGGUUUGAGGCGAGGGACGAAAGGGGUGGUGUUUGGUGGGGGAAGAAACUUGUGCUGGCUAUGGGGGUGAGGGAUGUGUUUCCUGAUAUUGAGGGGUAUGCGGAUUGUUGGGGGGAGGUUAUACAUCACUGCCUCUUCUGUGACGGAUAUGAAAAGCGUGGCGCCCCGUCAGCCGGUGUCCUGGCAACGGACCUCCUUGAACCCACGCAAAGGACAAUGCAUGUGGGCCGCAUGGCGAUGAGGCUCGUUGACAAGGUCACUAUAUACACCAAUGGCAAUAGCGAGCAAGCUGCGACGAUACAAGAAGCGAUAGCCAAUCUGGAUGGUUUCAGUGUCGAUUCGCGCCCUUUCGUAAAACUGGAGAAACACGAGACGGAGGCUGAGUCGAAGAUUAUAAUUCAUUUUGAGGAUGGGAAUUGGGCAGAGGAAGCGUUUCUGGCACAUGGACCGAGUUACGUCCUCAAUGGCCCCUUUGCAGAACAACUAGGACUUGAAACAAUUGAAAGCGGCGAAAUCAAGGUAUCGCCUAUGUUCAAUGAGACUUCGAUGCCAGGUGUGUUUGCAAUCGGUGACUGUGCUACAUCUAUGAAAGCAGUGACGCCGGCUAUGUAUAUGGGAUCCGGAGCGGCGGCGGCGAUUGUGAUGCAGCUUCAGCAAGAGAAAUAG